AUGAACCAAGAGAAUCCUCCACCAUAUCCAGGCCCUGGUCCAUCAGCCCCAUACCCACCUUAUCCACAAAAAAACAAUGGGCCCAGUACCUAUGGGGGGGCCCUACCUCAAGGAUACCCCUACCAAGGAUACCCACAGUACAGCUGGCAGGGCAGACCUCGGGAGCCUCCUAAAACCACAGUGUACGUGAUAGAGGACCUACGAAGAGAUGAGUUGGAACUAUCCACCUGCGUCACAGCCUGCUGGACUGCUCUUUGCUGCUGCUGUUUCUGGGGCAUGCUCACCUGACCAGCCCAGCCGUCCUGUCCUGCCUGCUCUGCCACCACCUUUGACAGGUGUGCCUGCCCCCAUCUCUUCUGAUUGCCAUAAUAAUGGCUAACUCUGCAAGACACCUCUACCUUUGGCACUACGUGAUUCUAGAUUAGUGGGGGUUGCUGCUGUUUAAUUUGGUGACUUAUCUUCUUAAUGUCCAAAACCCAUUUCUUAUUGAUCUUUAAAAAUGUUCUAAAUGACUUUUUUUUGGG